GAGCGCUACGGGCGCCAGGUGCUCGAGCUCGUGCGCGCGCCCGGCAACGACGCCUGCGCCGACUGCGGCGCACGCGCGCCGCGCUGGGCCAGCUGGAGCCUCGGCGUCUUCAUCUGCGUGCAGUGUGCCGGCGUGCACCGCAAGAUGGGCACGCACAUCUCCAAGGUCAAGUCGCUCACGCUCGACACGUGGACGCGCGAGCAGGUGGAGCGCAUGCGCGCCGUCGGCAACGUCGCCAGCAAU